CGUAGAGCGUAGCUACUGGAGCAAGGGACAUAGAUGCGUUUCGCUGGCAUCUGGAAGAGAACUAUCCAGUGGUGGGUAGAAUUAAUGAGAUUUCCAUUGGACAGGGGAUGCCACACGCUCAACAGAAUAAAAGAUCAACAACAACAACAACAACAACAACAUGUCGUAUGUGGUUACACUCUGCUUGCUGCUGGCGGUCGCUGGCACGUCGCUGGCCGAGAGGACGAUAAUCAUGCUGAAGAAAAACACGGUUGUUUCCGAGGAGGUGUUCAUCCACGGAGGGCGCGACGACGGCUCUGCUAUUCCUAUCUCACACGUCUGUGACUCUUCAUACGCCACCAGCUACAACGUCUGGAAGGUCAACGAUCUGAAACUAGACUGGGGUCUGGAAGAGAAAACGCAAGCUAUCUACAAGGACCCUAACCGUCACAACGCCACCUAUCGGCCGAAGGGCACCCCCACCUGGUGGACGACUAGCGAUCCUAGUAACGACGCCUUCCACUACGCAAACAAAUUUGGCGAGGGAUACUGGAUAGUCGAGCUGGACAUGGACUGUACGGUGCUGCCCUCUGGCUGGUUUCAG